AUUCAUUUCACUCAUUCGGGAUUCGGCAUCACACAUUGUCUUCACACCUCUUAUUCCACUUCGCUGAACCUCACCCUGGUCACUCUGGUCACCCUGGUUUGGUUCGCCGUCUCCUCCCCUUCGUCCUCAGCACGACCCUUUCAUGGAGUUUGCAGACAAACUAGAGGUGAUUCUUCUUGACGGUCUCAACCCAACUCCGUCGCCUACCUACAACAGGGCCAUGCGUACUGCUACAGGCGGAUUCGAAUCAGCACUUCAAUAUCAACCCUUCCACUUCACUGCAGAAUCCACCAUUGAUUCAGGGACGACACCAGAGCACUGGCUCAAGAGCCGGCUGCAUAAGAUCACCAGAAUUCCUUCGAGCGUCGCCCAGACUCACACACGAAGGACCCUCAAACUCAGCCUCAGUCGCAUUGACAAGAAGAAGCUCCCUACAACUGUGACCGCGGCCUCGCCAAAGACAGCCCUGUCGCUGGUCUCAGUCGCGCCCAGCACAGCCACCACGGACGACUCGGUUUGUCCAGCAUCAGAAACAGCACCACCAGCGGCAGUCGUACAAUUGAAAUUGGCUACUAAACAAUGCCAAACCCAGGACGACGAGCACAGCAAUGACCCCGGAGACAGAGAGGGUAGGGAAUUCGAUCUAAUGGGCCCUUGUGAGGGCUUUACUGUCCCGGACGCACUCUAUGCUAAAGUCAAGGCCAGGGUCCGACGAAACAGCAGCACCCAACACCAGCAACAACAAGUUCGUCAUAGCAUCAGCAAGAAGCAUCCGACUAAGGAAAGUGGCAGUAGCCAGGAGGAAAGUGCCGCCAGUAAGAGAUCGAACAAUGAUACGGCGGAGAUAGAGAGCAAUACGAGUAAUAGCAAUCCCUGCACGCUCUCUGCGGGUACGUCCGGCGACAUUAGCAGCAGUUUCAGUCAUCACGGAGUCACCAAUCGCCAUGAUCCUUCGAACGAUAGUGAUGGUACGGUUACUGAUCUUGAAGACUCGACGCUGCGACUCCGUCAACGUAAGUACUCCUUGAGUUCUCAGCACAGUAGUGCUGGACCCGAUGAGAUCAACGCAGAGACCGCAGAGUUGAUUGCAGACGAGGCUGCAGAGGAUGCAAUCGAUGCAGUGGAAGCAGUAGUCGAGGGUUCUGCUAUCGGGGAUGGACCGGAUCCAGUCGAACUCUUCGAGCAGGUCUUCAAUCGCCAGCAUCUGACCGAGCAGGCGAUAGCAGCGUCAUUACAAGAGCUGCGACAGUUGAUUCUGGCGUAUGGUAUUCCUGAGCAGACCACACGCGGGCGCAGUGUUGCACAAGAUCGAGGUCGGUUUUAUUUUACAUCUGGUUGCAUCUGGUCUUCCUGUUGUUUGUCACAUCUCGGACGGUACAAAGCCUGUUUUGUCCUCCCCCUCGUGGAGGAAUGCGUUGAGCAAUGAGCUAAAAGAGAAUGAGCCCUUUUCAUUGGUGUGUGCUGUAUCUUUUUCUAUUUUCAUGGGCGACAAUAAACGAAACGGGAUUGCGUUACCCUUGAAAGAGAAUUCAGCGGUACGGGUUUCUUUCCUUCCUUUAUAUCCCCCUUUGUGUGCGGUUAAUACUUCGGUGGUACAGGGAAAAAAAGAGGUAGCCGUUACACCGUGUGAG